UUUCCCUGGGAGAAACGUCAUCAAGAGUGCGACAGCGCGCCCCUUCUGAGACAGAACGUCAUUAGUCACAGGGAAUCCAAUUAUUUAUAGUCGAUUUUCUUCGCGAAAUGGAGAAAGUACUUUGUGAACGACACGGCACUAUCUGCUUUCUGAAGACUGGUGUAAAGGAAGGACCGAACAAGGGGAAAAGUUUCUACGUGUGCACCGGGAGAGACGCGACCCCGUGUGAUUUCACCCAGGCUACUGAAUUUCCACCUUCUCACUGUCUCCGUCAUGAAGACGCCGCGGUUGAACUUCAGACGUUAAUCCACAAUGCAGCACAGGGCACUUACAGGCUGUUAUAUCGCUGUGUAGUAGGAAAGAAAGAGGGACAGAAGUGGUGUGGAAGUGUUCCAUGGACUGAGAAAAGCACUAAGAAGAAUAUUUUGUCUGAGAACAAAAAACAGCCUUCUGUUCUACCUCCUGUUAGAAAUCCUUUCAAAGCCCCUGAAAAAGCAGACAAAAGCUUAGAGUGGAAAAAGAUAAAAAAAGGAGAGACAGAUAACAGAGAGGCAAAGACAUUGGAAAUGUCUGUAGAAAGUAAGAGCACUAAGAAAAACAGCGAUGAUGAAACGCACAAAAAGGAAGCAGAGAAAGAACCCGACAGCAAAAGAAACUCAAACGCCGCGCACACCGGGGAAGGAAAAGCGACGAGUUCUGCGCAUUCUGAAUCCUGGAGAGACAAAAAACUUCCUCCUGGAAUAAAGAUAAAGAAGCGCUCAUCAGAUGAGGACAAGAAAUUGCACAGCAGUAGUGAGAUGACGGCAAAAGCAGCAGAAGCUACUGAGGGUUCUCAUAGUAGCAGUAAGUCUGAAAGUGUUGAUAAACAGCAAACUGAGAAAGAGACUAAAUCACAGAGCCCUCAAAUCCGUGACAAGCAAGAAAGGACAGAUCCACAGCAGAAAUCUGAUGGACAAGGUUCUAAAUUAACAUCUAGGAAGACGUCUACAUCAAAUGCAGAACUUCAACCUGCCAAUGUUUCUAAAAAUACUCCAACAAAUAUCGAAGAGAGUCAUUCGAGCCCAGGAUCAACAUCAGACGGUGGUGUUUCAAGUCCACUUCAGCCUGUAGUAAACACUGCCCAAGUGAAAACUGUAAAAUCACCCUUCGGGGACUGGAGCGAUGACGAUGACGUCCAGCUGGUGUCGGUUCAGCCAGGCUCUCAGCAGACUUCUUCAGUUCCAGCUGCACCUUUGCAAAAACCCCUUACCUCCUACCCAGGCUUCCAGCUUAUUUCGAAGGGUAAAAGUGAAGAGGAAGACCCGAGAGCACUCCACAACCAGAUUACAACCCAGCUUAAACAAAAGAAGGCCACUCUGUCAUUGGUUAAUGUGUCUGCUUUGCCUGAUAAAGGAGAGAGGCUGAAGAGCCAAGUGAAGCAGCUAGAAGAUGCUCUGGAGACUUUAAGUCUGACCAGCAUUACUCCUACUGGGUCUCAAGAUGAGGACAGUGAAUCCCAGCCGAAUCCCAAACCCAAUCAUUCCAAUCCUUUUAACCGUGCAGGGGGCACUAUUCUCCUGGCACAGGCUCCAGCCCAUUUUCAGCCAAACUCCACUAGUGGCUCACUGGGACUGCAGCUCAGUCAGGGCUUCUCACAGAUUUAUGGAGUGAAUCCUCAAAACCAGGGGUUCUAUGGUGGAAGGAUGACGGAGGACAGAUUGUUUGCUGUGCGCAAUGCCACAACAGAGGUGAUUGACCACCUCCACCACUCACUGGAGUCAUGCCCUUCCACAGACACGGAGGCACAGGAUCCUAGAGGACUGAAGGUCACGUUAUUGCCUCAUCAGAGAAAAGCCCUGGCCUGGCUGCUAUGGAGAGAAACCCAAAAACCCUGUGGGGGAAUUCUAGCGGACGACAUGGGUCUGGGGAAAACCCUCACAAUGAUCGCUCUCAUUCUCUGCCAAAAGAAGAAGGAAGAGAAAGACACUCAACUGGAGGGAUGGCUUUCCAAAACUGACUCGGCUUUGGUGGCAUCCCAGGGAACACUGAUCAUCUGUCCUGCUUCUCUUCUGCAUCACUGGAAGAAAGAGAUAGAGAGACACGUGAAGAACAGUCGCCUGAGUGUGUAUCUCCACCAUGGGCCUAACAGACAAAGAAGUGCAAGCAUUUUGGCUGAACAUGAUGUGGUGAUCACCACAUACAGCCUGGUUUCUAAAGAGAUCCCAGUUCAGAAAGAGGAUGCUGAAAAGCCCAGCCAGGACUCCGAACCUGUGGGGUCUGAGCUUCCUCCUCUCCUGCGUGUAGCCUGGGCUCGUGUGGUUCUCGAUGAAGCCCACAACAUCAAGAACCCUAAAGUGCAGACCUCCAUGGCUGUGUGUAAGCUGCGGGCCAAAGCACGCUGGGCCGUCACUGGCACCCCCAUUCAAAACAACCUGCUGGAUAUGUACUCCCUGCUGAAAUUUUUGAGGUGCUCUCCUUUCGAUGAAUACAAGCUGUGGAAAGCUCAGGUGGACAACGGCUCUAAGCGAGGAGGCGAGAGGCUCAACAUUCUCACCAGGUCCCUACUGCUGCGCAGAACCAAAGACCAGCAAGACUCGACAGGCAAGCCUCUGGUGUCUCUGCCUGAGCGAUGCUGUAAAGUUCACAGGGUGAAAUUGUCAGAGGAUGAGCAGUCUGUUUACGAUGUGGUGUUCGCACAGUCCAGGUCCACCCUCCAGUCAUAUCUCAAGAGGCACGAGGGAGGAGACAGAAAACAAGGAGAUGGCAGCAAUCCCUUUGAUAAAGUUGCACAGGAGUUUGGAAUGUCCCAGCAGGAUUCGCUGUCCUCUUCUCAGCAACCUAAGGUUUCCAGCACCAUCCACAUCCUGUCCCUGUUGCUGCGCCUCCGGCAAUGCUGCUGCCACCUGUCCCUGCUGAAGAAGACACUGGACCAGUCGGAGCUUCAGGGAGAUGGGGUUGCUCUGUCUCUGGAGGAGCAGCUGUGUGGCCUGUCUUUGUCCGAAUCCUCUGACUCCAACCACAAAGACACUGUUUCCCUCAACGGGAGCCGGUUCCGCUCUGAGAUUUUUGAGGUGUGUCGAGAGAGCACCAAGAUUUCAGCCAUCCUCACAGAAUUAAAAGAAAUCCGGACGAAAAAGCAGAAAAGUGUGAUUGUGUCCCAGUGGACAAGUAUGCUGCACAUUGUAGCUGUUCAUCUGAAGAACCUGGGUCUGCAGUUCAGUGUCAUCGAUGGUACAGUGAAUCCGAAGCGACGUAUGGACCUGGUGGAGGAGUUUAACACUAACCCUAAAGGACCUCAGGUAAUGCUCGUGUCUUUAUGUGCUGGAGGAGUGGGUAUCAAUCUGACUGGUGGGAAUCAUCUGUUCCUCAUAGACAUGCACUGGAACCCUGCUCUGGAGGACCAGGCCUGUGACAGGAUCUACAGAGUGGGACAAUGUCGUGAUGUCACCAUUCAUAGGUUUGUGUGCGAGGGCACGGUAGAAGAUAAGAUUUCCUCUCUGCAAGAGAAAAAGAAGGAGCUGGCCCAAAAAGUCCUGUCUGGAACUGGGUCCUCUUUCACAAAGCUCUCAUUAGCAGAUCUUAGGAUUAUCUUUGGUGUGUAAAACACGACAGGAAUACGUUCACCAAGUCGGCCCUGUCAGACUGCUGUGUUAUGUCUCGCACUUUUAUCAAUACCUUAUCCAUGUCGACUUUCUGAAUACCAGUUUCUGAUCUGUAUCUUGUUCUGUUUUGUUUUGAAAGUUAAAUAAAUAUAUCCAAACUGAA